UAUUGCCACUUCACCAGCAGUUGACCUCCGUAUACUGCAUUGUGUAUUUUAUAUUUUAUAUGAAACUACAUGUUGUACUGCAUGAUGUUUCAUCUUGACUAGGUUGCCAUUGUAAAUGAAAUUUUUUUCUCAAUUGGCUUACCUGGUUAAGAAAGGCAAAAUUAAGAGUUAAAAAAACAAGAUCCCAUACUGACCUAACUGCACUGUUUGCACUGGUACAUCAAUCAUUGUACUUUUUGUCUGCCACUUGAUAUGCGGAGGAACUAAACUGUACAUGUCAUAUCUUACUUAUUCAUUGUACAUUUGAUCAUAUUCAAGUGUUUCCAUGUGUGUUGUUGUAAUGGUUUAUGGUGCCUGUGUUUGUUUUUUUCCCCCUGAGCAACCAUCUAUUACAAAUUUAGUAACAGUGUUUCCUUUGAUAAUAACAUCACUCUGCUGCUGUGGGCGUCCACUGACUUGAAAGGUUUAAAAGAAGCGGGACCAGAGUUACAGUUCAGUUAGGUGGGAUUCACAGUGUCAUUCACACAAUGUCAUGAAUUCAGUUUGUAGUGUCUCUAACUGUUACAUUGACUUUAAUGAAAGAGUGGUAAGUUGGAGAUGCUUUUCACAAACUAUUUCUUCAACAAAGUGUAACAGUAUUGUACUUAAGUUCUUCCUGUGCAGUGUUAUUGUGUUUUCAAAGAAAAUGAUGAUCAUGAUAAACUCUACUCAGGUUUCAUAUUUUGCACUCGAUGCCUACUUUGACACCGGGCUUUUUAAAUACUUAUAUUUCAUUUUCAUUUUGUCUUUAUAUAUAUUUAUUCUUUGUGUAAAUCUUUUUCUCAUUGUGGUUAUCUGUAUGAACAGAAGCUUACAUGAACCUAUGUACCUUUUUCUGUGCAGCCUGUUUGUAAAUGAGCUGUAUGGUAGUACAGGGUUGUUUCCAUUCCUUCUGCUUCAGAUUCUCUCUGACAUUCACACUGUUUCUGCUCCCUUUUGUUUCCUGCAGAUUUUCUCUUUGUAUUCUUAUGGAAGUGUAGAAUUUACCAACUUAGCUGUCAUUUCUUAUGACAGAUACCUUGCUAUCUGCUGUCCUCUACAGUAUAAUGCACAUAUGACAUCUCAUAAGGUUGUCAUGCUUAUUGUUGUUAUAUGGUUACCUCCUUUUUUUGCUGUUUUUGUCACAAUAUCCUUCAGUGUCUCUCUACAACUGUGUGGGAACAUCAUUAAUCAAGUCUACUGUGACAACUACUCUAUCAUAAAACUGGCUUGCUAUGACACUAGUGUGAACAACGUAUAUGAAAUCAUUGCUUUUUCUCUCACAGUCUUUGCUCCGAUGUCUGUAAUCUUUUACACUUACAUGAGGAUUCUUAAAGUUUGUUUUUCUGGUUCUAAACAGACCAGACAAAAAGCUGUCAGUACCUGCACUCCUCACCUUGCUUCUCUGCUCAACUUUGCUUUUGGGGCUUGCUUUGAAAUAUUCCAGAGCAGGUUUAACAUGAACAGUGUACCUCACAUGAUGCGAAUAUUUUUAUCAUUGUAUUUUUUUACAUGCCAACCGCUCUUCAACCCUUUAAUGUACGGCCUCAAUAUGUCCAAAAUACGCAUUAUAUGUAAAAGUCUUCUUUUAAGUUCUGUUGAGAAGUGCAGAGCAUCCCAUAGAUUUGUUCACAUUGAGUUCACUCACCUUCCUCUCCAGUUGUGUGAGCUGGGUUCACCAAGCUGCCCUCUCCACCCGGACCUUCUCCACGGUGUCCUCCCGGCUCCCCCUCGUGCCUCGCGGUCAGCCUGCCACCACACUCCUCCACCAACCCCCCAACCAGGCUCGUCGGUCUUCCUGCGGGUGUUCCAGUCUAGCCAACAAGGUGCCCCCCUGCCCAAGCAAAAGGGUACCUUAUCAAAGUAG